CCACUUUACUUUCUCCGUUGGGCUCAACGCCUCGACCCUGUCGCUUUUGCUUUCUUCCUGUCGCUCGGAAGCUCUUGGGCCGAUGCCCGCUGCUGGCGCGGCCGCCGCCAUCGUUUACGUUCUACUGCCAACCCACCCCACCGUCAUCUCGUGCUGAUCUUUUUGCCAACCAUCGUGUCCUGAUCUUAUUUCCGAUUUCUCUUAUUAACUUCCGACUCGAGAUGGAAGUACCGCGUUCCUAAGGCGUGGUGGCUGUUAAUCAGACAAGCCUAACCCUCAAUACCAGUUCUCUUUCGACGUGAAGGAUGACGAGUUCACAAACUACCAGAACCGCAAGGAGCAUCGCGACGGAGGGAAGAUCUCUGGAAGCUACAGCGUGGUCGACUCCGACGGCUUCAUCCGCACCGUUAAAUACACCGCUGACCCCGUCGAGGGCUUCAAGGCUGAGGUGACCCGGGAGCCGACCAACAUCGUGGUGAAGAUCCCCACGCCGCCGCCGCCAUCACCCGCGCAGGAGCCUCAAGGACUCUCCGCUUCGCAGCGCCAGCUGCAGACCCAGCAGUACCUGCAGGCUUAUAUGGAACAUUCUAGUGACUUCAAGAACUCAUUUACAUGCGAGAUGGAUGUGAUCUGUGGAGCUCUUGUGCCCUACUGCAGAGCCAGACUGGUAACAGUUUUUGAUUUGGAAAAUCCUGAGUUGAAGAGUGCAAUGGAUUGUCUUUAA